CAGAAAUCAGACGGGCAGCAAGUGUCGUGGUUCAAUUGUGCAGUGUUGAAAAAUCAAACUAAAUUCAAAAUCGGCUCUAAAGCAAACAAAUUCAUAAAGGGAAAUCCCCAAAGAAAAUAACCCUCAGUGUUUCAAAAGUGUUCAAAUUUUACAAUUGCGGCAUCUCACCAACAAAUUCAGCAAUCAUCGUGAAUUUUCAAAAGAAAAUAAAAUACAGAAAUCAACAGUGCAAACGACACUGAGUUGCAGCUGAAUGUGAAAGAAGCAACUGCAGCAGCCGCAUAAAAUUCGAGAAGAAUAGACAACACAGCAUUGGAGAGGCAACAAUAACACUGGGAUCUGCUGCAGCAACAUCCAUAAUCGAAAGCUAAGCCACAUCAUCGAAAUCUUUGGGCAGUGAGAAAGCGGCAUUAACCAGCAGCAACAUCAUUUAGCUCCGUCCAUGGGCGCCGCGGCAAACAGAGUCCGGUGAAAAUGGACAAAGGCCGCGCGAGGCUGCCGCCGAAUUAGCAGAGAAGCCGGAAAAUCCCCACACUCACACACGGACGGGCAGUGCAAAUAUUUGCCAGGCCCCCCAAAAAAAAGAAAAUACAUAUAUAUAUAUAUAUUCAAAAAAAAAAGGAGAGCACACAUAUAACAAAGGGGCUCAGAAGGGGAAGCAUUUGUGCGACAAUAGCCAAGGAAUUAGCCACAAAAGAAGGAGCGAAACCGGGUCCAUUAAGACAGCCAUCAGACCAUCAGAUCCCAUCCCGGCUAGACGAGGUCCACUUAAAUGACCGAAUCCACACAGCUGCAGACGGCGGAGAACAACAACGCGGGCGUGGUCAAAAUGGAGCCCCCGCCGCCGGCGACCUCCUCCGUUUCCGUAUCCGCCGCCGCUGCCGCCCACGCCCUCUCCUCCCUCUCCUCGCUCACGAUGGCCGCCACCGGAUCCGCCCUCUCGCCGGCCACGCCCCCGCCCUCCUUGAACCUCUCACAUCAGCAACAGCAACAGCAGCACUACGCCCUCAAGUGGAACGACUUCCAGAGCUCGAUCCUCAGCUCCUUCCGUCACCUGCGGGACGAGGAGGACUUCGUCGAUGUGACGCUGGCCUGCGACGAGCGCUCCUUCACCGCCCACAAGGUCGUCCUCAGCGCCUGCAGCCCCUACUUCCGCCGGCUGCUCAAGGCCAAUCCCUGCGAGCAUCCGAUUGUCAUCCUGCGCGACGUGCGCUGCGAUGACGUCGAGAAUCUGCUGAGCUUUAUGUACAAUGGUGAGGUGAAUGUCAGCCACGAACAGUUGCCCGACUUCCUGAAGACAGCUCAUCUGCUGCAGAUUCGCGGCCUGGCGGAUGUCAAUGGUGGCUAUCCCUACUCCAAGGCCUUGUCCGCCGCCUUGAGUCACAACAGCAGCAAUAACAACAACAAUAAUAACAACAGCAACAAGAGCAGCAAUAACAGCAGCCUGAGCAACAACAAUAAUAAUAAUAAUAAUGCCGACAGCAGUAAUCACAACAAGAUAAGCAGCUAUUUACCGCCCAACCAAACGAGCGCCUUGUGCAGCAACAGCAAUAACAACAACCACAGCAGCGGCAGCAGCAACAACAGCAGCAGCAGCAACAACAACAUCAGCGGAUCCCUGAACAGCAGCCUGAACUCACCGUUCAGUGCGCCACAGAUACCGCCACCAGUGACCGCCACGAGUGCAGCGGCAGCCGCAGCAGCGGCCGCAUCACUGACCGCCGCAGUAGCCGCAGCAGCGGCAGCAACAGCAGCAAGUGUCGGCAGCAGCGGCAGCGCUAGCGGACAGACGAGCGGUACGCCCGCCAUCCAGGAGCUGAAGGCAUCGUCGGCAGCGUCGCCCGUAAGAAACCCGAACCCCAAUCCCAGCAAAGCCAGCAGCAGCAACCACUGGGACAUGGGUGAGAUGGAGGGCAGCAGGAAGAGCCAUCUGACGCCGCCGCCACAGAAACGCAUCAAGAGCGCCGACCUGUUCCGCGCCCAGCAUGGCAUCAGUCCGGAGCGAUUGCUGCUGGAUCGCGAGUUCCCCGUCGCCGGACAGCAUCCGCUCACGCGGAACAGGAGCGGUCGGGAUACGUCCAAGGAUCGGGAGCGCAACAUGGAGCUGAGGGAAUCGCUACUGGGACAGGCUUUGGAGAACAGCAACGGACAGCAGGCCAAUCCGAAACACGAACUUGGCCAGAGCGCGGGUGAGGAUUCGAACAGCAGUGACACGGAGCCCUCGGAUCGCGGCGAUGGUCAGCACGAUGGAACCCUCGACGGGAUUGACAAUCAGCGCUCGCACUCGUUCCCCAAUGCAUUCCUUGGCCUCCAGGGCAUUCCCGGACUUCUGCCAGGACCCUCUGGCCUCAACAGUGACUUUGGCACAUUCCUCAAUGCCAAGAGCGGCAUCAAGCAGGAGGUGUUGGAGCCGGAAACGGAAGAGGAUGCAGUGCAGCAGCAGCAGCAGCAGCCGCAGCCGCACGAGGCCCAUGCCGCCGACCGUCGUCCUGCGGCCUGUAAGCUGGCCAAGCUGAUGCAGCAGCAGGAGCAGCAGCAGCGCCAACUGUUUGACCAGCGGCGUAGCCAUCACCAGCCACACCAUCACCACCAGCCGCAUCAUCGCCACCAACAUCACCACCACCACCACCAGCAUCGCAUCAAUAACAAUAACAACAAUACGAAAAAGAACCGAUCGGCCAACUCCUCGCCCACGCCGUCGGCUCGAUCGUGGAACGACAGCGAAGACGAUCAGGACAUGGACUGCAGCAGCGGCAACCAGCAGCAGAGUGCGCAGCAGCAGCAGCAGCAACAGCAACAGCAGCACAAUAGCAACGAGGAUGAGGAUGAUCGCUCCUCGUCGGCCUCCUCGGCCAUAUCCUUGACCAUGAAGAGAACGCGCCAGGAUAGCGAGUCCACGCUCUACCAAACGCUGCUCAUGAAGCAGGAGCAGCACCAGCAGCAGCAUCAACAGCAGCAGCAGCAGCAUCAGCAACAGCAGCAGCAACAGCAGCAGCAGCAGCAGUAUCUGGACGAGCUGCAGCAGUCGCACCAGCAGCAACUGACGGCAAAUCUGUUUAUGGCCAGGACAAUAGCUCUGAGCAGGUCACGAGAUUUUCCGGAACUCUUCCAAAACACCAUUGCCGCGGCGGCUGCGAAUGCGACAGCUGCAUCGGCCAGUCCGGGCAACAAUGCCAGUGGACCCGGUCAGCAGGUGGUGGCAUCCGGACCCGGACCCGGACCGGGACCAGGAACUGCUGCACCCGUGGCCGUGGGAAGUGGCAGCGGAACGGCAGCCGGAAACAGCAACUACAUGCUGCCCUGUCCGCUGUGUGAGACGCCGCUGGAGCAGCGUGUGUUCCGGCAGCACCUGGACCGACACUAUCCGCGCGACAGUCCCGUCUGUCCGGUGAUCGAAUGUGGCCGCCGGUUCGCGCAUCCCAACUCCGUGCGGAAUCACAUGCGGAUCAAGCACACGCUGCAGUGGGCCAAGAUGAAGGCCAUGCGGUCGUCGGGCGGCCCCUUCGCCGGCGGUCCGGACUUCAAAUGAAACUGCGAGGCCGUGGGCUAAUGUUACUCCGCGUAGUCACGCUAAAAGCUUUCUAGGUUGCUGCUUCUCAGUCAGUCAAUGGCGACAAUAAAUCGAAUCUAACUCGCAAUCCACGAGAAAUCACCCCAGUCUCGAGACACUCGCAUCUAUCGUAGAUAGCCAAAAGUAGUCCAAGACCCACUCGGAGUCCAUUCUAACUAACAGUAACUGUAAGCGCACGAGAGCUCCUUGCCCGAUAGCCAACUACUGCUCCGCAUCCUGGCCACCAGUCAUGGACGCUCCUCCAAGUGAUCAAUUAGUAUUUCAAAGUGUUCAUUUUGGUCCAUAACAGGUUUCAGUCGGGUUACCAAAAAGUGAUUAGGGUCAGUACACGAUUUGGUUCAUUAUGAUUUAUACAUUUUUAAUUUUUUAUGUAGGAUAUCGAUUUAUGAGUAAUAGCAUUUGAAAAUUCAUGUUUCCAACAAUAUAAGGAUAUAUUACCAUUGAAAAGAAUACGAUUGCAGAGUAGAUUCAUGACUGGCGGCGAUGGAUGAACGCGUUGGGUUAGGAAACUUACAACAAUUAUUACGUUCCUAUAUGCGAUAAAGUACAUAUACUACAUGUGCAGACACCUACAGCUCUAAUACGUUUACCUAAGCAAAAGUAAAUCUCAAACUCUGAAUUCCUUUACACUCGCUGAUGGAGUUCAUCUGUAGGUCUCGGCUCCAGAAGCGCUCCAGUUAAGCAUGUGCAGUAUUAAAGUGAAAGCUAACGAAACCGAAGAACUACACACCAGAAGAAUAGUAAAUAGUAAUUCAUAGAGUUCCAUAAGCAAAAUACGUACGAUUAAGCCAUAGAGGGUGAGAUAACUAUGUAGAUAAAGAGCUAAAAACAAGCAAACAAAGAAACAUAAAUGAUAUAUAGAAAUAUAUAAAGUAGUUAUUAUGAAUAUUGAUACUGAAACAAAAUAGAAUGUGCCUGCGUAAUAUAUUUUUAGCCAAAAAAGUAAAACGAAAAACUGAAAAAAUGAAAAAAUGAAACACAAGUAAACCAAAGUUGAUACGAACUAAAAUAAAAAUAAAAAGAAAACUCGGAAAAACUGAAAACGAUUUGUAUUAGAGAAAGUUCAAAAUUCAAGGAGAUAUUUUGUUGAUUACCCUAGGUUCACUGAACUGUAAUUCGAAUCAAUUGGCGGCAUAACACUCCAAGAGCAGACAUACGUAAAAAGGUUCCUAUAAUGUUAAUCAAAAAAACACACAAAUAGCUCCAGCUACAAAACUGGCUAAAUGUGAGGUAUGAGGUCUAUCGAGAUUGCAUCCCAAUGCUGACUAAAUAUAAAUUCUAUUUCGAAGCGGACAAUUUUACAAUUGUAGUUUAUAAAGCCCAAAGAGAAAAACAAGCAGCCAUAAGUACAGCGAUUGUACAAACGUUUGUAUGCCAUUUUAGUUUGCGAAAUUGUCCGAAGGGGCGAAAACAAAUGUAUCUAGUACGAGUAUCUUGUAUCUGCGUUGCCUGAAGGAAUGUAUUUGGAGGCGGCAAAUCUAUUUUGGUGAACAAUAAAGAGCAAACGAAGACUAGCCUGCCUUU